GAACACAAACACUACACUUGAACAGCGCGGCGGCGAAUAGAUGUGGAAGAAACGUGUGGGGCAGUGUGGAACCGUUGCUUCGUUCGUUCGUUCGUUCGCUGUCCGCUCAACAUAAACCGUGCUCGUCAUUUGAGUGACUUGUAAUUUGUACGCGAAACUAAGUUAGUUUUUGUUCAAAGACAGUGCCAUGGAUAUCUUUCGUGUGAAAAUGAAGAUGAAAUCGUUGCAGGUCGCAGUUAUUUUGCUAGUUUAUUUUAGCUUCAGCUCAGAAGCCCACCAGCCAGAAUAUGUGAUGGAUGCGCAAUCGUUCAGCGGGCUGCGGCCCCACAUUGUGACGCUCGACCACGCCAGGGUGAGGCGCGGGGCCGCCGACCCCGUGGCCCCCGUGCCCCCCUCGCCCGCUGUGCCCCCCUCGCCCGCUGCGCCCCCCGCGACCCCUGAUUCGGCCGCAGCCUCCAACCAAUCUACCCCGGUGCCCCCUGAUGCGGAUAACAGGACUACGAACGUGUCAGCUCCCAUCAACCACACGGCUACCGUAACGCAAGUGCCCAUUCUGGGGGCCAACGGCACCGGCCAGCGGUGGGCCAACGCGACCAACACGCCGAAGGUCAGCGACCCCAUAUCAGCUGAUGACAAUAUCAAUACUGACGCCUUCGAGACUCCGGAGCAGAUCAACAGCCAGUUCCAUUUAGGCAAUUUGACUUAUAAUGAAGACCACGACUUCUACAACAGCUCGUUCAUCAGCAACCAGACGUACUUCGCAGAACACUGGACCAACAUCACCGGUUCCAAGUCCGACGUCCACCAAAUGCUCAGCAACUCCCACCGCAGAGCCACGACGGUGCAGCUCAGCUUCCAAUUCCCGUUCUACGGCAACUGGAUCCAGAACAUCACGGUAGCCACAGGCGGGUUCAUCUUCACGGGCGAGCACACGCACGCCUGGCUGGCCGCCACGCAGUACAUCGCGCCGCUCAUGGCUAACUUCGACACCUCGCUCAACAACGACAGCAUCGUCAAGCUGUCGGACGACGGGGAGAAAUUCACUGCCUUCUGGGAGAACGUUACGCUGCGUGAGAGUCCAGACAAGCCGUUUACAUUCGCCGUGACGUUGUACAAGAACGGGGAUAUAGUGUUUGCAUACAAGGCCAUUCCACUUCGCGUGCAAGACAUCGACGACUCGGCGCAUCCUGUCAAGAUUGGAAUCAGCGACGCCUAUCUCACUGAUAGGGUCAUAUUCUACGUCCGCCGCAAGACCAUCUACGAGUACCACCGCGUCACGUUCAAGCACUACGAGAUCGGCAACAACACUGUGCUGCGACUGACAGCGCUGCCCACCUGCCUCCAGUACAGCACCUGCGACGGCUGCCUCAACCACAACACCAGUUUCGACUGUUCGUGGUGUGAAAAUCUUAUGAAAUGCUCGAGUGGCACGGAUCGCAACAAGCAAGAUUGGCAGCUCAGAAAUUGCGACAAGUCGCUGUUCACGAACGCAAGCAUGUGCCCAGCGAGCGCGCCGGCGCCCGCGCAAGACGGGUCGACCUACGUCACCGACGCGCAAUCCAGCGGCCGCCACCAGGCUGUCGUCAACACGCUGCCUGCAAACGAGCCGUCUACCCCCAAGCUGCCGCCGCCGAAAAGCGGCGCCGAGAAUUCUCCCUUCAUGGCGCCGGUUCGCGAGCCGGCGAAGGACGAAGACACGCACUCGGCCAUCGGCGGCGCCGUCAGCGCCAUUCUCGUGGUCACGAUCGUUUGCGCGCUCGCCGCCUGGACGCUGUACGCCUUCAAGAACCCGCACACUCGCAGCGGGCAGCUGCUCAUCAAGUACCGGCCAUCGCAAUGGAGCUGGCGCCGCGGCGAGGCGCGAUACACCGCCGCCACCAUCCACAUGUAACGCACGCCGCAGUCGCGUACCCAGACCACGGUAAACUCAACCAUAUUCAAUUAUAUAUCGUAGUACUGGGUAUUACCUGAUCACAACCGGGUAAAUAAUAUUCAGUAUUUACCUUCACCGUGUACAAUUACGAUCUACUACCAUAAUGCAGACAAUUCUAAAAGGUCAAUCUUGAUAAAUUAAUGGUAACUGUUAAUUGAAGUUCAAAAUAGAAUGUGUGUGCUAACGUGUCUUAGGCCGAGUUGCACCACCUAUUUUUUACCGUAACUUUAACGAUAACCGGUGCUUUUUGUAUGGGUUUUGACAGAUUUUUGACGUUUGUCAAAGUUAAAGUAAGAUGGUGCAACCCAGCCUUAACCAUUCCAAAUGCACGAUUUUGUAACGAUUAUUGAAUUUUACUGUACCAACAUAUUUUGUAAAAAAAAAUCUCACCUUCGAUAUAAGAUUUUUAUCACCCUAUGUUAAGUGCUUCGUUAUCAUUUUUCACUAGUAUAAAUGAACGUAAUACGUGUGACGAAUCAGUAUGAAUACAGCAGAUGAAAGUAUACUAUUUUUUAUUACUCAAUCAUCUAGUUGGUCGGUUAAUAACGAAAUUACCAACUGCCUUGGAUGGUUCGGGUGGACCCGUGUUCUGGUCCUGUAAGUACGGGUUACGGACCUGUUGGUCAGGGAAGCUUCAAGCCCUAGCCUCCUCUAGUAAUUUGGAUAUCACUAAUUACUGCAGAAAGUGUUUCUGAACCGGCUGUCGAUGAUAAUUAUGCUGCAUUAGGGAACAUCAAGCCUCACCAACCCCUUUGGCCUCCGGUGCUUUCGUCUGCUUCAUACCUUUUUGUCACGCGGUACACACCGCCCGCUAUCUCUUCCUCGCAAAAAACACCUUUAAUGAGGGUGAAAUGAUAGUGCCUCAACAAUACAUAUUCCAUUUAGGCAUUUAUUUUAUUAAACUAAUAUUAAUUUUCAACGAAAUCAAUUAAAACAUAUCUGGGUACGUCGAAAAGGAACAAGUGUGCGAAUAGAAAGAUUUGCCGCUGGUGGGUCAAUAACAUAAUGGCAUUUAUAGAAAAAAUAAUGCUAUAAAACUUUAACAAUAUGAUUUUAUGACAAUUGCUUUUUAAUUGCCCUCGGUCUUGUUUUGUCAAUUAACAAAUACGACCAUUGUGUCAAAUGUCAAUUAACAUUUUUUUCGGUGGUACGAAAAAUUUAAUGCAAAUAUGACUUUUUAUUUUUGACACAACUACAAAUGUAAUAAAUGACGAGUUCUAUUGAAUCAGCUUAGAUAGUACGAGAGCAGAUCGCAUAUUUUCGUACCUAUCUGAUACCGCGAUGAAAUGCACUAUUGUAUCUCAUAAAAGUUAUGCUGAGUCCGGAUCAAAUUGUCGCCACGACGGAACUUGCCGGUUAGUAUGAAUAAUUCUGUAUUUUUGGUGAGGAAAAAGGGUUGUUACUUUUGUUUGUACUUACUUUUUAAAUGAGUCGCUUUUAUUCUCAUGGUGCGAUAUGUCUGCCAAGGCUUAUGAAGUUCUAUGUGUGAUAAAAAUAUCUACAGGUGAGUUUUGUUUAGUUUCACCUGUCCCUGUGACAAUGCAAUAUUACGAUGACAUGCAGCUCACCAUAGGAACUGCUAUAAAAUGACAACCCCAUCGAGUUUGGGCUCGUUUGAUUAGUAAUGGUGCAGUUUAGUGCAGAGAGAUGAGAGUCAUAACGCAAUUUUUUAAAUAAUAUGGUUAAUUUUAAAACUAUAAGAGCCUCAGUCAGAUUCAGUUCGUCGGAUCCAACAAAGGUGACGCAAUCACAGCAAGCUGCAUUGCAUUCAAACCAGGAGGGCGAAGAAAAAUUGCGUUAAGUCUUCUAAGAGUUAAGAGAAUUUAUUGUAUAUGUCCGUAAAGUAUUCAUUUAGUAACAUUUGUCAAUAAGUUAGUUUUCUGUAUCUAACAGUAAAUUUCUAUUAUCUCGGUAUCAGAUUGGUAAAGUAACACCCCAUUUUUCGCACCGAAGUUUCGCCGUGGUGACACUUUGAUCCGGACUCAGCAGAACUUUUAUGGGAUACCAUUGUGCACUUCAUCGAGGUAUGAAUAUUUGCGGUCGGCUCUCGUACUAAUAUAAGUAUUAGAGCGCCCACCAGCAGCGUGAGUAGGGAUUAAAGGUCAAUGUACAACUGCGGUCAAGUCUGUGCGUUCGUAAGUGUGCAAUAGUUCGUAUGUGUGAAAUUAUAUUAAUAUAUUAUGUAGAAAAUUUUUGAUCUCUACUUAAAUCGAUUAAAUCUAUGUAUAUUCUAUAAAAAUAUUUUGCAUUUUUAUAUUUGUAAUCAUUUAUUUACGCUUGUUAACAAACAAAUCAUUUCUACAAAGUUCAAUAUUGACUAUAGGUCUGAGUUCACAUGCAGACGCAACAGUAAUUUUUUUAUUCAAUAUUAUUUUGUUUGCUACCAACUACGAACCACGCUAUUGGCGAAUAUUUGUUAGUUAAUGUGUAAGUUUACGUUUACGUCUGGUGUGACCCCGGACUAGACAUUUCUGCGGUGGCGUUGGUUCUGGCACGCAUAGUCUAAACUCAACUGUUGUAAGUUUCGUCCAUUGCAUUUUCUUUCGGUGAAACAGAGACUGCCGUCUUUUUGGCCGUAUCUAUUCAAGUUCCCUUAUCAAAUGCGAGCCAGAACUAACGCAAUCUUGUUUGUUACCGCUGGAAAUAUAUCGAAUUCAAGACAAAUGAAGGUAUAGCUAGCAUAAUAUGCAUAGGCAGCUAUCAAACUUUCUGAUGCAAUAAAACUUAGGCUUGAUUUCCUUUUAGGCUGACAUCGGUGACCGACGUCAGCGUAGGAGGAAAUCAAGCCUUAAAUCCAAUUGCCGAGAACCCAAGUUUAGUCUGAUUCUGUAAAAUUAUGAUGUUGACUGUAACCUCGACUUAAUGACUGCUGACUUCCAAUUUUAAUAUCCAAGCGUACGUCAUACAUCAACGGCGUCUUAAAAGUCAAUAUUGAACUAAUGAUCUUUCUAUACAAAAUUAUAUUAUUACUUUAUGAAUGAACUGAAAAUUAUAAAUAUGAAUAUUAGUGCCUUGAAGUUCCGUGGGUCAAUAAAAGUAAAUAUUGCUUAUGCGCGCGUACUGCAGCAUUUAAAAAUAUAUAUUUCAAAAUGUUUAUAAUUUAUAUAUCUAUGUCACUGGGUCGCAUGAGAUUUUCGAUUAUUGCAUAGUUUUGUCCGUCCCUAUCAAUAAGCAUCGUGAUUGAUGAUAAUUUUAAUGAGGUUUUGAUAAUAUUAUUGUUGUUUAUAGUGUAAUGACGUAAUCCGAUGAUCAUUCAUUUUGAAUGCUCUUUUUGAAUACAUUUAUUAAGAAAAUUGCCUUACGGGACUAGCUAUGACGGAUUUGAGUGUACGGAGUGCACGCUUGACCAGAAUCAUGCUUCGGUUGAAUUAGUUAAGGUAUUUUAUACGAAUAUAGGUGAUAUUAUAUAUAAAAUAUUAUUUUGUAGUGUCGUAUUUAAUUAAUUUGUAAUUUUCAUGUAAUAUCAUUUCGAUCUUGUGAACAUUAAACACCAAAGAACUUCGGAAAGUAAUGUACAAGCGGCGCAGGCGCAGGAUAGGACUGAAAAGUAUCGGCUGUCUCGCUCGUCCGUCAUAAUGUAAGAGCGAGAGCUGUUUAUUUUCAUUCCAUCCUAUGCUCGCGCGAUUCGCAAAUGAAUCUUCAGAUGAUUCGUCUUAAAAUAAAUCGAUCUUUUGCGUUUGGAUUGACUUUGGUACUUACUGUGCAAUUCGAAUCACCGCUAUUCGUAAUGUAACUUUUGAAGUAUUUUAUUGUUGGUGUACCAAUUGAAAUAAAUAAUGUAUAAAUUUGUAUUAUUAGGGACCAGAUGUAAAUCAAAAGACUACAAUAAAUUGUGCCGUUGAAUAAAA